UUGCCAUUGAAGAGGCGGAAAUCUGAUCUCAGUUCAACACUUUUUACAUACUCACCCUGUGGGCUUGUGGAUCAAAACAAGUUAGACAGUUUUUUUAACUGCCCCCACCUGAAGGAAGAAAGGCGAUUGUUUAACCUAAAGAAUACAACAUGUAACUAGAGAGGAGUAGCAUUCCAUGUAAAGACGGCACCAUCUUGGUUAAGUAAUGCAUCGUGGGGACUCUCUGGCGUGGCCGGGAGAGGCCCAGCGUCGUGAGGAGAGAAGAGCUGAGGCCCGUCUGGCCAAAGGCAUUCAGAGACUGGACGAGACAAAGCUCUACCACAUCAACACACUCACCAGAGAACAGCGGAGACUGCACAGAGACCUGCUCAAUAUGAGAGCAGGUAACAUUUGGAGAAAGGGAUUCACUGGCCUGGGGUCACAACCUUUUAACCAUGACCCUGCUCAUCCUAUGUGCUACAACAGGACUCAGCUACCCACAAUUCCACUCUCUGGCAAAGAUACAAAGAGACACAGGCCAUUGAAGCCCCAGUCUGGUUACUCUCUGCAGGCACGAGUUCAAGAGUUCAUCACCAAUGGAGACGGCAGAGUAGACAGCUCUGCAGCGCCGCUCUGUUUGCCAGACCUAAAACUGCAGCCUGGAGCAGCAAUCCCCAGCAACUCCACCACACAGGGAGACGACAAAGAUGAGGGCAAAACAGAGAGGGAAAAAGGACAGAGGGAGAAAGAAAGACAUAGAGAAACAAAGAAAGAGAAAGAGAGAGAGAAAGAUAAAGACAAAGAGGUAGAGAUGGAGAAAGAGAUAGACACACAAACAUUACCCCCUGCUGAUGCCCCUCUGGUUCCCUUUGAGCUUCUGGCCCCGGAUGGACGUCUGAGGACGGUUCACACGCUGCCCAACUUCGGCCAGGCGCUGGCAGAGGCCCGAAAAGCUCGGUAUAUCCGUCACCGAGGCAAGCCGCCAAGCGAGAGAGAGCUGACCAUCAGAGAAAUCUUCUCCAGGAGUCCCAAACCAUCACACCCUCUCUUCUGAUCAGGAAGAGACAGCUCUUAAUACAGCUUUGCAGACUCAGUGACCCCCCCCACACACACACAGAUACACACAUGCAGUCACAUGAUGUAAAUACAACUGUGCACACAUCUUUUGACUCUAACUAACUCCCUCUCUCUCACCACACCCGUCUCACACACUCAAUAUAUGCAUGGAAAAAAAAAUCAGAAAUGCUCCAUCAGCAUAUCAUUCUUCUUUCAUUUUUUUCUAAUGCCUAUGUGGACCUAUUCUUUGUCAAGUUGCCUACCCUUGCCAGAAUGAAUCACCUCUGAAUUACGCAAUCCAAGAUUAAAAUCUUGUGCUUAAAUUAUAGUUUGCUUGUACUUAAAAUGUAUCGAACAUAAAUUAUUCUCACUUUGAUGCCUUUACAGAAUAGCCUAUAGAUUGAGCUAGUGCAGACUGAGCAUUACAUGAACGCCCUCUGGCGAUUCUGAAGUGCCACUAUGAAAACAAAUAAAAACUGUUUA